AAGCUUUUUACUUUCAGUGCAGAAAAAAUAAACAAACAUUGAUGGUGCACUUGCAGUCUGUGUUGGGAGAAAAGCAAAGUCAAUCAGUUGUCUGCCUGCCACUAAAGUGAACACAUGUGCCAAGCUAUGGAGGUUGAUAAUAUGGAGCCCAAAUUGGAUAUCUACCGAGACUCGGUCGUCUUUAUAACAGGCGCCACUGGAUUUGUGGGCAAGGCAUUGCUGGAGAAGUUACUCUGGAGUUUUCCACAAAUCGAGCGUAUUUACAUACUCAUCAGACCCAAAGGUGGUGUCGGAGCCGAGCAGCGAUUUCAAAAUUUUCUGCAGAAUGGGAUUUUCGAGCGUUUACGAAGCGCUUAUCCUGAACGCCUGAAGAAAAUCGCCUACUUUCCUGGCAACAUUGAGGAUGAUAACUUUGGUUUAAAUGAGUUGGACAAACUCAAACUGUGCGCCCAAGUUCAAAUUAUUUUUCACAGCGCAGCAACAGUGCGAUUUAAUGAGUGUCUAAAGGUGGCAGCACGGGUCAAUUCAGUUGCCACCUACAAUCUGCUAGAGAUGUGCAGGGAAAUCACACAAUUGAAGAGUUUUCUCUAUGUUUCGACUGCCUACUGCAAUCCGGGUCGUAAAUACGUAGAUGAGUGCAUCUAUCCAACUCUUCCACCCGUGGAUUGGCUACAGUUUCUCACGUGCACCAAGAAGAUACCCGAUGAUUAUCUGAAUCGCAUGGCCGACUAUAUAAAGGGUCCACAUGUGAAUACUUACACCUUUACAAAGUCAAUAGCAGAGCAGAUUGUUAACUCCUACAAGGACCUGAUACCCAUUGUCAUUGUGCGUCCAUCGAUUGUAACGGCAGCGUACAAGGAACCUUAUCCAGGUUGGAUUGAUAAUAUACAGGCGAUCAGUGGGAUUAUGAUGGAGAUUGGCAAGGGCGGCAUAAGCAGCAUAUUGGGCGACAAGAAUCUCAUCUGCGAUAUCAUUCCAGUGGAUUUUGUAGUCAAUGCAAUGAUAAUGAUGGCUCACAAAGCAGAGCUCGGCAGCAUCAGCAUUUGCAAUGCCACUUCGGGUGUUACGAAUCCCAUCAGCUGGCAGAGAUUGGGUGAACUUACCAUGAAAUGGUCACGCAUUUAUCCCACAAAGCGCAUGAUCAUGUUUCCCAAUUUCAAGUAUCGUCGCAAUUCCCUAAAACACGAGUUGGCCGUGUGGUUGCUUCACUUUGUGCCCGCCAUCUUCAUGGAUCUGCGCACGCUUCUCCUGGGACAGAAGAAACGCUUCGUCACGCCGAUUGCCAGUAGAUUUCGACAGGCCUGCUUGGCAGGCAGUUUCUUUUCGCUCAAUGAAUGGAUCUUUAAGAAUCGCAGUCGAUACUACUUUAAGGACUUGAUUGAGAAUGGAACAUUUCGCAUGCUCUACUGGAAUCUGGAUGAGCUCGAUUACGAUGAUUAUAUCCGGUGUCAUAUGAUAGGCAUUAACAGAUAUUUACAUCGUGAAAAGUUUACAAUUGAUGCGAAUAAAAUGCAGGUGACCAGAGUCUAUUGGUUUUGGAUUUUCGCUCAUCUCUUUUUCUAUAUGAUGAUUGUUUAUGUGUUUUUAUAGUCAGAUUGAAAUAAACGACAAAGCAAAAAUGUUUGUUAAGAUUGUGCAAAUCACA